UCCAUAUCACUGGACAUUUGACUCUGCUACAGCCUUAAUAUAGUCUUUUUGGACUUUGGGGAAUCUAAUCACUGGAAAGCUUCUUCAAAUUUACAUUUUUCAUAUUUUUUUUGGUUUUCGUCCCAAAAAUGGGAUGCUGCUUCAGCAAAAACGCCGAUACAAAGGCUACUAGAGUUUCGCGGUGGCGAUCCACCGGAAUUGUUGCUUUGCGCGACUCCAAAUUGAAGACGCUUCCGGAUGAAAUUCUUGACCUCGAUAGAUCUGUGCGCACUCUUGACUUAACACAUAAUCGAAUAGUUGAUAUUCCCAUGGAAAUUAGCAAAUUGGUUAACUUGCAGCGCCUGGUGUUGCCAGAAAAUCUCAUUGAGAGACUGCCAGUGAAUUUGGGGAAGCUCCAGUCUCUAAAAGCCUUGAUCCUUGAUGGAAAUCGAAUUACUUCCUUGCCUGAUGAAUUGGGUCAAUUGGUGAGGCUUGAGCGCUUAUCCAUAUCUGGGAAUUCGUUAACAGCCUUGCCGGCUACUAUUGGCAGCUUGCGAAAUCUUUCACUUUUAAAUGUGGCGAACAACAACUUAGAGUCUCUUCCAGAAUCUGUGGGAAGUUGCUUCUCUUUAGAAGAAUUACAAGCCAAUAAUAAUAGUAUUGAAGAUCUUCCUUCUUCCAUGUGCAAUCUUACUCACUUGAAGUCACUUUGCCUAGAUAACAAUAAUGUGAAACAGAUACCUGCAAAUCUAUUGAAAGACUGCAAAACUCUUCAAAGUAUAUCUCUGCACGGCAAUCCUAUAUCUAUGGAUCAGUUUCAACAGAUGGACGGGUUUCAAGAGUUUGAGGCGAGGAGGAGGAAGAAGUUUGACAAGCAAAUUGAUUCAAAUGUGAUGAUUGGUUCCAAAGGUCUUGAUGAAGGUGUGGAUUUAUAGCCACUUUUGGUAAGGUGAUUUUUCAGGUUCAUCUCUGGAUCAGCUUUGGAUGUAUGAGAUAGAACACAAAGCAUUUAGUCUGCUAUGCUUUUUAUUUCACAUUUUAAAAAAUGGAGUUCCAUUGUCUUCAACUGCAAGUAUGCGUGGGUUGGAGCCAUUCGUCAACAUUGAUGAGGUCAUGAAGUCCUUUUCAUGGCAUUCUAUUCUGGAAGCUGUAAAUUAGUUUGAGCUUUGAUGUUAAUAUAGAAGACAAGGCAUUUGUUGGUUCCAUAAAAUGAAUUGGAAGGUGUUCAUUUCUGGGAUUUUCCUUU